GUACUGCGUCGACCAAUAGAAUGCGGCGGAAUCCGGGCCUGCUGACUCCGCUCAACAAAUCAGCGUCGAUAUCGUUCAGCUCUCUCUAACGUCCGGUGAAGGUCUUUCUGAACACUCUGGCGGGAGAGGGAGCGAGCCGUUUGGCCUCUUAUGGAGGAUUAACAAAAAACAAGUGAAUACCUCGUUUAUAUACGUAGUCUGCGUUUUAAAAGCACGUUUAACUUAAUUAAGAACUUUUUUUCUGAAUUAAACUGUCAGUAGAAUAAAAAAAACAAAGCAGCUCGUGGAAACAGAAUGGACGAUUACAGCCGAGACUCCCUUUAAAGACCUGGGUUGAAAGUAAAGAUCUCUCCUACAACCUAUCAAUCGAUCCGGAGGAGCCGGUUCCCUGCACUGCAACGGUUACGUUCAACUAACUCCGCGGUGCCGAAUCCAGGUGCUUGUGAACGGAGGCGGCGUGGCGUGGGACUGGGUCUUUGUAGUUCGCUGGUCUCUCCCAAGAGACACGCAUUUUGUAGCCAGUUGGAGCUUGCAGAUCUGUCGCAGCGGUAAUGGCGAAGGUGCAAGUGCUAAAUGUAGCCGUUUUGGAUAACCCGAGCCCUUUCGGAAACCCCUUCCAGUUCGAGAUCACUUUCGAGUGCAUGGAGGAUCUGCCGGAAGACUUGGAAUGGAAGAUAAUAUAUGUGGGCUCAGCAGAAAGUGAAGAGUACGAUCAGACUUUGGACUCGGUUCUGGUGGGCCCAGUUCCUGCUGGGAGGCACAUGUUUGUGUUUCAGGCGGAUGCCCCCAACACGGGCUUGAUUCCCGAGAGCGAUGCAGUGGGAGUGACCGUUGUGCUGAUCACAUGCACCUACCGUGGGCAAGAGUUCAUCCGCAUCGGCUACUACGUCAACAAUGAGUAUACCGACCCAGAGCUGCGUGAAAACCCACCUCUUAAACCUGACUAUGCACAGCUUCAGAGGAACAUUCUGGCCUCUAACCCACGUGUCACCCGCUUCCACAUCAACUGGGAGGGCUGUGCCGAGCGGAUGGAGGACUGUGAGAAUGUGGACCCCGCCCCCAAUGCCAUGCUUCCCCCCUCCUGUCCCCCUGGAAAGGCUCCGCCCCUUAGUUUGUUGCCUGACAACUCCAUGGACUGCUUGUAAAAAAAGCCCCAUGAGCCUGGUUAGAAACACUCACACACACAAUCAGUCAUACACACAUACUACCUGGCCACCCCUGGCACUUAUGUUAGUAUAUUGGGGUAUUUGGUUAACUCAAAGGAAAAAAAGAUACGUACUACAACAUCCACAUAUUCGCAGCACUUGCCAUACGUUGACUGAAGCUUCACAUGAAGAUGUCAGUCAGGCUCUGUCAACAAGGCGAUGUGAACAGGCCUUCUCUAACUUUGGGGGCUGCAUCUUCUGAGGAGAACAUCUCUCUGGACUGGACUAAAUGGGAGCUUAAUCCCAUUGUAUUCCUAUGUACACUAAUUGCAUUAUUUUUCGUGUUUGUGUAAAUUUCAUCUUGUUAAAGAAGGCUUUUUUUUUUUUUUUAAUAAAACCAUCAGGAGAUUAGGAAGAGAAAAUCCAGUGAGCUUUUUGUGACUGAAACAGAAGUUUGUUAUUCUGCUCCAAAAGUUGGUAAAAGGCUUGCAGUCUUCAGUUACACCUUCGUAUUUAUCAGGUGGGUGAUGAACGGUGUGACAGCUACUCUGUGUGGAUGUUGUGUGGAAAUGCACGGUGGUGUUGUGGAGCAGACGGUUGAAUACGUGUGUUGGAGGGGUAUCUAUUGGGGAAGUCAGCACCUUGUGGUUCUGGGUAGAAAUGUUUUGACUGUAUGGUCGCAUGGUUUGGCUGUGAGGGUUUCUGUCCAUUUUUCCUGCUCAGAAGUCAUCGUACAUGGCAAAUUUUUAUUUACAACUGUUGAAAGGUCAGGAUUUGUUUUGCUGUUCAUGUACAUACCUUUCUUGUAUUACAUCUGUCUUUAAAAUCUUGUUUCUUUUGUAAUUUGUUUGAAGAUCCUUUAUAAAUUUCACAUGAUGAAUAAAUGCCAUUGGUUUUGUUUUCCUCC